AUGACCCCUGAAAUGUCAGGAAUCAAAUCUUUAAUUCUUGUAGCCAAUUGAGAUUGUUAUCGUUACUCAAUGAAUUCUAUUUACAUGUUUGUUUUUUCAGAAAAUAUAUUAAUCUAGCGUAGUUAUAAAUCAUUCUUUCCAGUCCCUGUUUUUAGGGAUUAAUUUCAGGGUUUUCUAGAUUUCAUUAGUUUUUGGACAUGUAUUGUUGUCGCUUUGAGCUCUUAAGUGUGAUAUUUAUCACUGAGUUUAGUUUCAUGAUUUCUUAAUCCCGCAUUUUAGAAGAUAAAACUUGUACUUUUAUUAGUUCACCCUGUAGAGACUAACAUAUUCAAAAGACUUCAUUGCUAAACAGUGACAGUCGACUAAUAUGUUGGAUUUCAUACAACUGCAGCAGGAGUUGCCAAUGUGUUAGUGAGCAGUAGUUGAUCUGUUUAGCAAUGUUAAGAUUAACUUACUUGAAGUGUUUGUUUGUUAUGAUUUUGGUAGCAGUUAUAUUUAAAAACAUAAGAUCAUGGUUUCAUUGUACAACUCAGAAGCAGAAAAUGACAUCCUCUGAAAGAGAACUGUGUCAGUUGACAUCACAAAAUGAUGUCAGGAAUCGAUCAAUAACAAAACAUGUGGACAUCACGAAGAUCAUCAUCAUGGCCACAUAUAGGAGCGGAUCUACAUUCUUGUCUCAACUUUUUGUGCAAAAUCCAAAUGUGUUCUAUGCCUUUGAGCCCCUAGCACUUAUACAAAAAUGGAAAAACAGAGAUUUGAUACAAAAACAUGGUCCAACUGUGCUGAGAGAGAUGUUAAAUUGUGAUAUAGGGAUGCUCUCUUACAUGACACCAGGUGAGCACAAAUGGGUGUUUAGAUAUGGACAUUUCAAUUCUACUUUUGAAGAUACAUACCAAAUCUGUAAAAGCAGGAAAAUUAAAGUUGUAAAAAUUAUUUCAUUGGACAAUUUGGAAAAUCUUUCAUCACACUUUGGAAAUGACACGGCAAUUUUGCUAUUGGUACGUGACCCACGUGGUAUAUUUAACUCUAGAAUGCAUUUAUAUGACGAGCACCCCAAAAAUAUUACAGCUAUGGAAAAUAGGCUAAAUAAAAUGAGACAUACAUGUCUUAAUUUUGUGACAAAUUUGAAAUUUCUGGAGAAAAUGAACAAAUUACCCAGACACGAGCAAGCGAGUAGGCCGCUCUUUAAGCAGAUCAUUUAUGAAGAAGUUGCAAAUAACCCAAUUAUAAAAUCCAAGGCGAUUUACCGAGAGUUAAACAUAGAUUUUGAUGAACAUAUAUCUGAGUGGAUACAUAAUUACACCAACUAUAUUGGGGGUUUGAAUGACAAAGAAAUUAGGAACCCAGUAUCAACCAAACGUAACUCAAGGAUUACCGCAAGAAAAUGGCUGCACCAGUUGGAAAAGUCGCAAAUAUAUGACUUACAAAACAUUACAGAAUGUGCUGAAGUUAUAGAUAUUUUAAAGUAUGAACCUGUGUUUUGAAAUGUAUGAUGCACAUCAUCAUGUCUGUAUGAAAAUCAACCAACUUCUGUCACACAGUGAAUUGUACACUUUAUAUAAUUCCAAGAGUUAUAACCCAUUUUUUGAUCCAUGUGGUUAUCCUGUAGUCAAUGUCAAAUAUAUAAGGUUAAUUUGAUUGGUCUUAAAAGUGAAGUUAUCUCGUACCUAAUUGGUGGAAACAUGUGGAAGCCAUAUUUGAAAGGAGAUAUAGAAUAUAUUCAAUGUAUUACAAAGAGUAUGUUAUUCAUAUUCAACUUAUUGCUUGUUUACAAUGUAAAUAAACGGGCAAUAUGCAACACAAAACACAAUUACCUUUAUUAUAUUGCAAUGGCGUUAGUAAAUAAAAUGACAAAAUUUGUUUUUGUCUCAAGUGAACCAUGUGAACCAAAAUAAAUAGAGAUAUAAACUGGAAUAUGAAACAAUGUUGUACUAAACCUAAAUAUUUUCUCUAUUAGAAAUGCAUAAAUACUACAUUGACAAUUUAUUUCACUAGAUGCAAACCACAAGAAAAUCUCCAAAAGCUUCCAAAAAUCCCUGAAA